AUUAAAUCAAUAAUUAAAUUUAUAUUGCAAUUAGGAAAUCAUGAAUCUUCUGAGAUGAAAUUCGAACUGUUGUUUCGAUAAUUGAAAUUAUCGAUGACGUGAAGACAACUUCGUUUGUGUCGCAAGUUCGUGACAGAUUAAUUUUAAGUGUGUUUAAAAGAAAUAGAAUUACGUAUCUAUUGUUUGUAAAUAUGGCGUGAUGUGAUCUCUUCGAUUAUGAAAAUUACACAUUUUAUGUAAACUUGUUAUCUAUGUUUAUAUGUAACAAAUGCUUGAAAAAGAAACGGUACAUAGCUAUUAUUAUUGAAGAAAAGAAACAAUUUAACAGAAAAAUACUAACUGUUUUUCCAAUUAUAAAUGAUAUCGGCAAACAUGAAAACCGAAAUUUCUUGGAAACGUCGAUUUACGCGAAAAAAGUUGAAGUACACGUUAAUUUGUGUGUUCAUAGUUGCCAUUAUUUUCGUUUUUCAUCAGUUAAUUUAUUUUAAACAACUGAAUCAAGCGAUCGUAGGAAAAUUAAUCGGUGGAUCUGUACGAACAUCUAAUCACAUCGUUUCCAGUAAAGCUAAUUCAAAGUGGAAUGAACCAUUGCAUUCAAAACUUCUUCGUGAUAAAGAAGGUCGAACUGUAUCAUUACGUGGUACACGUGAUCAAGAUAUUUCGAAAUAUCUGCCAAAUACGCGAGGAAAAUUUGUUUGUUUCACAUCGAAAGACGAAAUAGACUUUUUUAAAAUUAACGAUAAUUAUUGUGAUUGUCCUUUGGAUGGUAGCGACGAACCUGGUACCAAUGCAUGUAACAAUGGUGUUUUCAAUUGUGAACUUCCACCUUUUCAAUCUAUAGUAAAAAUACCAUCUUACAAGGUUAACGAUGGAUAUUGCGAUUGUUGUGAUGGAUCUGAUGAAUGGGCUGAAGUUAAAUUACCACAUUUAAGUAAUGUUUUAAAAAAACAUAAAUCGAAAUUAAUCAUGCAAUGUGAGCCAAACUCAGACACAACAGUGUGGGAUCCUUUUCAAAUAUUUAAUUAUCAUACGCAUCAUAAGUAUGCUGUUGUUAUAUUAAACAGUCCACUUUAUUGGAAAGAUGAUAUUUUGCUUCAAAUUUGGAAAAGAGCUCAGGUUAAUGUUACUGUUGAUGGUGGAACGUGCAAGUGGCUGCGUUACUUAGAAGAGCAAGGUAUUGAUUUAUUAAAUGAAAAUCAUACUGAAUAUGUACCAAAUUUAAUUACUGGCGAUAUGGAUAGUUGCUCCCCUUUAAUUCUUGAAAAGCUAAGAAGCAUGGGCGCAAUGAUUAUUAAAACACCUGAUCAAGAUCAUACAGAUUAUACGAAAGCUUUGUUUGAAUUGGGAAAAUAUGUUAAAAAAAAGAAUGUAAAGUUAAAUAGAAUAUACGUGUUUGCAGAUACUUCAGGGAGAUUUGAUCAUAUUAUGGGAAAUAUUAAUACACUUUAUAAAAGUGAUAAGAUUAUUGGAUCUAUACAAGUGAUUCACCUUGCAAGCAAUUCAUUGACAUGGAUUUUAAGACCAGGUCUUCAUAGUAUAAUCAUCCCUAAAAUUUUGGUACAAAACAAUAGCUGGUGCGGGCUACUACCAAUUGGUACACCUGUUAACUGUAUAGUGACAACUGGUUUAAAAUGGAAUUUGAACAAGGAAACACAAUUACAAUUUGGUAGUCUGGUAAGUUCUUCAAAUACAUAUGACAAUUGCUCUGAAGUAACUAUAAAUACAGAAUCACCAGUGACAUGGAGUAUGGGUAUAGAACCGCUUCAAAAAAACAUAAAUAAUUAUAUAUCAUCAAACGCUUAUUGAUGAAAUUUUGAUUUACUUAAAUGAUUUUCAAUAUCUUAUAUAGCUACAAGUUUUUUGUAUAAUAGAAAAGAAAAUAUUUUGAUAUUCUAUACAUUUUAAAGCAUUAUAGAAAGUAUUACAUUAUAGAAUUAAUAUUAAUUUCACUACAAGUUGGAUACGUUCAAAAAUUGUGUAUGUUCUAUUGCAAUUCAAUAAGUAGAUUUUCUUUAUUUGUUUUA